GUGUCGCACAGAGACCCGUUCAAGAUGGCAGCUCCCAUACUGAGGUGCUUGUGUGCGCGCCCUGUUCGGUUCACUCUGGGAUCGGUUCGAAUUCAUACUGGUUUCCUCCAUAGAAACCUUGGGACUGAGUUUAAGAGCGCAUACAGUUUGGAUAAGAUAUAUCCCAGUUCUUGCUUCGACUACGGACGCUCAGCAGCAGAUUAUUCUCGGGUACGUCAUAUUAAAGAUUGCAGCCUACAGAAUUCUACAGACAUUCCUCUUGAUCGGCUCACUGUGACGUACAGUCGAAGCAGUGGACCAGGCGGGCAGCAUGUGAACAAAGUUAACACAAAAGCAGAAAUUCGCUUCCAUGUCCAAACAGCCGACUGGAUACCAGAGGAUGUACGACAGAAGAUCAUUCUAAAGAAUAAAAAUCGAAUCAACAAAUCCGGGGAGCUCAUUGUGACUUCAGAAGCCAGUCGGUAUCAGAUGCGAAACCUGGCGGAUUGUCUGCAAAAGAUUGGCGACAUUAUAGCGGAGGCCAGCCUCAAGCCCAAGGAGCCAUCAGAGGAAGACAAGGCUCUUCGAAAAACCAGGUUAGAGAAGAUGCAGCAGGACCGGCUGAAGCAGAAGAAGAUGCACUCAGAUCUGAAACAAAGCAGGCGUGUGGGUUUGGACUGAAAAACCCUGUCCUGAAAUGAAGACAGGACCCGACUUGUCCUGUUCUGCAUGUGUUUGGCAUAUUUGGGCGCAAGAGUUUUCAUCCCACAUUAUAUUGUCCUGACAACAGAUUUGUAAAAAUAUAUCUGCCAAAAUAACAAUGUAAUAAAAUCUACUCUGUGUUUGGUAUAUCACAUUAUUUCUA